AUACAAAUAUGAAAUAAUUGUUUAUAAUUAGUAUAAUCUUUAGAUUAGAAAUGCACAUCGAUCAAAGUACACUUUAUAAAUAACUUUGAUAAAUAUAAUAUUUAAUUUGUACACUACGCUUGUUGUUGCGAACGCAAACUGUACUCGAGAAUGCGCCUCCAUUAUCUGUCAAAGAAACCGUGGCAAGAGUGGACAAAGGUUUCGAGUCGCAAUUCCAUUUAUUUACGCAAAAUGUCUGCAAAUUCACCGCCAGGAAAGAGUGAUGGUGAUGACCCCGUAGAUAGGCCCGUGCCGGACGUCCCGCCAAAUCCUAUAGAGAGCCUUGGAGCUCGUUUGAGGGACUUGGACGUGGAUUCAAUCCGGCGGUAUUUGGCCCAGAAGCUGGGAUUUUAUGAGCCGCCCGAGACUGCCGCGCCUACGGACCAGGUGUUGGAAGAAGUGAGCUUGGACGGCGUAGUCAGGUGGAUACAGAGUGAACGCUGUAAAAAUAUCAUUACUCUGGCGGGCGCUGGCAUUUCCACAUCUGCAGGAAUCCCUGAUUUCCGUAGUCCAGAAACGGGUCUUUACCACAAUCUUCAGAAAUAUGACCUCCCAGAACCGCAAGCAAUAUUUGAAAUCAACUUCUUCAGACAAAAUCCGAAACCUUUCUUCAUGUUGGCAAAGGAAUUGUACCCUGGAAGCUUCAAACCCACAAUAUCACAUUACUUCAUCAGACUUUUACAUGAAAAAGGCCUUCUACUCCGCCACUACACUCAAAACAUAGACACUCUAGAGCGCGGGGCCGGAAUCCCCGAGGAGAAGCUGGUUGAGGCGCACGGCACCUUCUACACUUCGCACUGUCUGGACUGCCGCAAGGAGUAUAAUCUCGAAUAUGUUAAAGAGCGUAUAUUCGCGGACCAGAUCCCCAUCUGCACGGAAUGUCCUGGCGUGGUGAAGCCGGACAUCGUGUUCUUCGGCGAGAGUCUACCGGACCGCUUCCAACGAUGCCUGCAGGAAGAUUUCCAGCAAUGCGACAUGCUCAUCAUCAUGGGAUCCUCGCUUGAAGUCCAGCCGUUUGCUUCUCUUAUUGAUAUGGUCCCCGACUGGUGUCCUAGACUGCUGAUAAACCGCGAGAAAGCCGGCAUGAGGUCGCCUCUCCUCCGUCUAUGGGGCGUCAUGAGCGGUGGCUUGCAAUUAGACGAGGAUGCAGUACGAGAUGUAGCGAGGCUUGGAGACUGUGAUGACGGCUGCCAGGAUCUCGCUGACAGGCUGGGAUGGGGGGACGAGCUCCGAGCGUUAGUAGCAAGCGAGCAUGCGCGACUGGACCUGGCCGGCGCCGCCGUCCCCCCCGCGCCGCCGCUGUCCCCGCCGCACGUGACGUCACAGGAGCCCGACCUAUGAGCACUCACACGGUUAGACAGCCUGCUUCAUUGUAUACUCAUUACUUUGAUGAAAAAAAAAUAGAAAUAUUUUAAUUGAGAACCUCCUCCUUUUAGGAAAUAGGUUUGUCAAAGUGUCGCAUUACUUGAAAAAGAAAUAGAAAUAUUUGAAUUGAGAACCUCCUCCUUUUGAGAAGUCGGAUUGUCAAUGUGUCAUUUGUGACUAACAAGUGAUGCAUUUUGAUUUGUUGGAUUUGUCACGAACUGAAAAUGGGAAAGUGUUCUCAAAGAAAUGGUUUGGUUAUCGAAUGUCAAGUGUUCAAUGAUUAAAGAUAUUUUGUAAGUUUCACAGUAAUGUUGGUAGAAAAAGUUCUUCCCAUCCGCAAGGGAGAAACGAAACGAGAAAAGAAAGAGAAGUACAUAAAAUA